AUGAAGAGGGACAGGGAGACAGAUAGGGAGAAGGACAUGGAGACAGACAGGGAGACAGACAGGGAGACGGACAUGGAGACUGUCAGGGAGACGGACAGGGAGACGGACAGUGGCAGGGAGACAGACAGGGAGAAAGACCCGGAGACAUAUAGGGAGACAGCCAGAGAGAUAGACAGGGAGACAGACAGUAAUACAGGGAGACAGACAGACAGGGAAAAGACAGUCAGACAGAGAGACAGACAGACGGACGGACGGACGUAUUAUGACCGGGAGACAGACAGGGAGACAGGCAGGGAGACGGACAGAGAGCAAACAGGGAGACAGACAGGGAGACGAACAGAGAGACGGACAAGGAGACAGACAGGAAGAAAUACAGGGAGACAGACAGGGAGACAGAUAGGGAGACAGACAGGGGGACAGAUAGGGAGACAGACAUGGAGACCGACAGGAAGACGGACAGGGAGACAGAUAGGGAGACGGACAUGGAGACAGACAGGGAGACAAUCAGGGAGACAGACAGGGAGACAGACAGGGGGACUGAUAGGGAGACAGAUAGGGAGACAGACAGGGAGACAGAUAGGGAGACAGAUAGGGAGACAGAUAGGGAUACCGGGAGACUGA